AUGUCUACGCGGGCGGCCCUAGCAGCAGCCCCGGGGCGCGUCUACGCGGGCGGCCCUAGCACCUGGCCCCGGGCGUCGACGAGGGCCGCCCUGGGCACCUGGUCGCGGCGUCUGCAAGGGCGGCCCCCUGCCUCUGGUCGCGGGAGCGUCUACACUGGCGGCGCGGGCACCUGGCCCGGCGUCCACGCGGGCCCGCAGUACCUGCGGCGACCGGAGCGACGGCCAGUUCCCCGCCCGCAUCCACACCGUCACCUGGCUCUCCUGGGCACGCCUACACUGAACCAGGGGUCGAGGAGAGCAGUGCAGGCUCUUUUCUGA